CAUAAAGGAGGGACCUGCAGGUUGGGAGGAGGCCGACUUGGGGACCAUGGAGACCCAGAGGGACAGCCCCUCCCUGGCGCGGUGGUCACUGUUGCUACUGCUGCUGGGCCUGGUGAUCACUCCAGCUGCCUCCCGGACCCUAACCUACAGGGAGGCUGUGCUUCGUGUUGUGGACAGCUUAAACCAGCGGUCCUCAGAGGAGAAUUUCUACCGUCUCCUGCAGCUGGACUCACAGCCCGAGGGAGAUGAGAACCCAAACAUCCCAAAGCCUGUGAGCUUCACCGUGAAGGAGACUGUGUGUCCCAAGACGACACAAAAGCCCCUGGAGGAGUGUGAUUUCAAGGACAAUGGGCUGGUGAAACGGUGUGAUGGGACAGUCAUCCUGGAUGCGGACAGCAGCUACUAUGACAUCAACUGUGAUGAGGCCCUGGAAGCCAAAUUUGGUAGGCUGCGGAAUCUCAUCGAGAAAGCGGGGCAGAAUAUUCGCGGAAAGAUUCAGGGAAUUGGCAGGAGAAUCAAGGAUAUUUUAAAGAAUCUUCAGCCCAGGCCACAGGUCUAAGGGUCCGCUUCGCCCUGUCUUAGGCUUCUGGACCCUAAAAAUAAAUUUUUGUGAAAGCAA